GACCGACGUCAGCAUGCGGAACCAACGCACAGUAACAACGUUUCUUCGGAAGCAUUUCCCAUCUGCGCUAUCCUUAAACCUAGCCGCAGCUUGAAGCUUCCCUCUGCUGUUGUGUGGAGGUAAGGCGAAAAUGUGGUCCUUUUUCGCCAGGGAUCCAGUCAAAGACUUCGGAUAUGAAAUUCUCCCAGACAGCCCAGAAAGGUCCGGGAUUUGGAGUCUACAUCGAGGAAAACGGAAGACCUCUGGAGAGCCCGUGUCCGUGUUCGUGUACGAGGUGUCCCAAGGAACAGAGCAGCAGACGCAGCUCGCCAAGGCGGCCUUCAAACGAAUGAAGACUCUGCGGCAUCCCAACAUUCUGGCUUAUGUGGACGGCCUGGAGACAGAUAAGAGCCUGUAUCUGGUAACUGAGCAGGUCACGCCUCUAGCCGUCCACCUGAAGGCGCAGACAGAAAAAAGUGGUGUUGGGGAGCUGGAAGUGUCCUGGGGUCUGCACCAAAUAGUGAAAGCACUGAGUUUUCUGGUGAAUGACUGCCACCUGCUUCAUAAUAACAUGGGCAUAUGGGCCAUUUUUGUGGACCGGGCUGGGGAGUGGAAGCUUGGCGCUCUGGAUCAUGUGGCCCCUGAGCAGGGUGACCCCAGUGGGAUCUCUCUACCAGAACCAAAAUCUGUUUACCCAGACAUGGAAAAAUAUGACCCACCAGAGAUGUCCAACAACAGCGGAGAGAAGUGGGCAGGGGAGGUGUGGCGACUCGGUUGUCUGAUUUGGGAAGUGUUUAACGGGCCUCUACCUCGCACUUCCUCCCUACGUUCACUGGGAAAGAUCCCUAAGUCACUGGUUCCUCACUACUGUGAGUUGGUUGGAGCCAAUCCCCGUGCCCGACCAAACCCAGCCCGCUUUCUCCAGAACUGUAGAGCCCCCGGUGGGUUUCUGAGUAACAGCUUUGUGGAGAGCAACCUUUUUCUGGAAGAGAUCCAGAUCAAAGAGCCAGCUGAAAAGCAGCAGUUCUUCCAGGAGCUCAGCGAUAAUCUGGACUCCUUCCCUGAAGAUUUCUGCAAACAUAAAGUUCUUCCUCAGCUGCUCACCGCCUUUGAGUUUGGCAACGCAGGCGCAGUCAUUCUCACGCCGCUCUUCAAGGUGGGAAAGUUCCUGUCUGCAGACGAGUAUCAGCAAAAGAUCAUUCCUGUCAUCGUGAAAAUGUUUUCCUCCACCGACCGAGCCAUGAGGAUACGACUUCUGCAGCAGAUGGAGCAGUUCAUUCAGUAUCUCAACGAGGCAGCAGUUAACUCCCAAAUAUUCCCUCAUGUUGUUCACGGCUUCACAGACACCAAUCCUGCCAUCCGGGAGCAGACUGUAAAGUCUAUGCUGCUGUUGGCUCCCAAACUCAAUGAGACAAACCUAAACCAAGAGCUGAUGCGUCAAUUUGCACGGCUGCAGGCCAGAGACGAGCAAGGCCCCAUACGCUGCAACACAACCGUCUGUCUGGGGAAAAUCGCCUCCUACCUCAAUGCCGGGACUCGACAGCGUAUUCUGAUUUCUGCCUUUUCUCGAGCGACUAAAGACCCGUUUCCCGCUUCCCGUGCUGCUGGCGUCCUGGGCUUUGCCGCUACACACAACUACUACAGCAUAACGGAGAUCGCUGGCCGAAUCCUGCCCACCCUCUGCACCGUCACUGUUGACCCUGACAAGAACGUCAGGGAUCAGACAUUUAAAGCCAUCAAGAGUUUCCUUUCCAAACUAGAGAUGGUGUCAGAAGAUCCAGCCAAGCUGUCUGAAAUUGAAAAGGACGUUGAGUCCAGCGCUCAGCCUGCGGGGGCGUCAUCAAGCUGGGCCGGGUGGGCAGUGACCGGCGUGUCGUCGCUUACAUCAAAGUUGAUUCGAAAUGCCCCGGUGACAGAGGGGGGUGCCACACCCGAGGGCAGCGAGACGGCUAACAACACCGCUUCGUCUUGCGGCGCCAUCGGAGCUCCAGCGCCCGGCUCAGAAGAUAAAAGCCCUGAGCCCUCUGAGGCUCCUCCAGCUGCCUCCACUCACGCCAGCCGCACCAUUGAGGUCACCGACGAUAAAGAAGAGCCAGUUGGAGACCGAUGGGAUGAUGAAGAAGACUGGGGAAGUUUGGAGGAGCCAGGAAAAACCCCUGCUGAUGACUGGAACACUGACUGGACGGGAAUGUCGUCAUCCAAAAAGAAGGCCAGUGACAGAGGAGUGAGUCGUUCAUCCACAUCCAUGGCUGUGAAGAAGCAAAGCUCUGAUUGGAGCAGCUCUGGCUGGGAUGCAGAUGACAGCUGGUCCAAUGAGAAAGAAGGCCAGGGUCAGAGCUCUGCAGGCGAGGAAGGCUGGGGCAACGACUGGGGGGAGGAGGAGGCAGACACCGCUAAAAGGCCUCUGCCUGAGGGAGUACGCUUGGCCAGCGAGUACAACUGGGACACCAGCAGUACGGGGAAAGGCUCCUUCCAGAAUGAUCUGUUUGCAAGCGUGUCCCAGAGAAACAACGCCGCCGGCACGGGUGGAGAUGGUUGGGGUGCCGAGACAGCCGGAGACUGGGGAGCCGAUGAGAGCUGGGAGUCGGUGGAAGGAGGCCAGAGUCUUAGUAAGGCAGAGUUGUCCAAAAAGAAACGUGAGGAGAGGAGAAAAGAGCUGGAGGCAAAGCGAGCGGAGCGGAAAGCGGCCAAAGGUCCUCUGAAACUGGGAGCACGCAAGCUGGACUGAUGUAGGCUGAAGAAAGGAACACGGACUGCAGGCACCCUACAAACUGAAUGUCCACACGCAGAGGGACAGAGCAGCAGGGAAAACCGUGAAUGUCAUCCUUUGACAAGGAUCUCUGUUUUGACUGAUGAAGAUAAAGGCACAAACAGGAAAUCCUUGAAGCAAAGCAAAACGGUUAUUUAACCUUUUUUUUUUUUUAUCAACCAAACUGGCUGUUGUACAGUAACUGUAUAUACCCUUUUCCUCCUGUCUUAAUGAAGUAACACUUUUUUAAAAAAAAGAUGAAUAUAUAUAAAAGAAUUCUGAUCAUUUUCAGUAGAUUCUGUUUGCACACACUGUGGAUGUGAAAUGUCCAAAUCAGCCAUUUUGAAAGGAAUCCAUGCAUGCCCUGCAAAAGACAAAGUGUAACCUUUACUUUGCACAAAUUACACCAUUUACUGAACUGACCAUCUGGGCAAUGACCCAACACUGCACAUGGAACUAGCUGGUUCACCAAAUCACUUCUAAAAGUUCCUUCCAGACUGGCUUUGUAGCCCCUGUGAGCUGCAUAUUUGUGGUUUGAGGUGGCCCCAGUGUUCUACUGUCUCGUUGCAGGUGUGUUUGUGCAUCAGUCCCGGCCAGCAGAGGUCAUUCAGAACUCAGAAAAAGAUUCUCUCCAUCAUGGCUACGAAAAGAAAUCCUUUUUACCAUUUUCUUUGUGCCUUUUAUUCAUCCACACACAUCUGCUGUGACAGGUGAAAGGACGCCAAAAGCUUCCAGGUGGAGCUUCAGACUUUUUAGCAGAACAUUCAAUGUGACUUUGGGAUGUUUGCAAUCGGGUGUCACUAAGAGGUGUGCUGUUGCUCAUACAAAACACUCGAUGGGGGGGCUGCAGCAGCUGAACCAAAUACCAGCCACCCCUGCUGGAGAUGCUUAUGGAGACUGUCAGGUCAGCGCUUACGAGCUUUAAUCCCCAGAGCAGGUGCAAUGUUUGAGAGGUGUAGCAUGUGAGCCAUUUUAAAAUAAAGCUAAUAGAACUACAUUUAUUUUACCUUAUACGGCUUUUUUGGGUGUCAGGUCUGGAGUAACCAUAAAUUAUUCAAUUGAUCAGAUUUUUAAAAAACUAUUUGUAAAAUGUGAUCAUGCCAGAGCUGCUCGUUAUUACCUGUAAUAAGUCAUUCCAACGCAAACACUCCAUUUAUAGAAACUUAACCUUCAUACCUUGAGCAGACCAAAACCAGAUGACACGUUGGAUUUGGCUGCUUCGGUUUUAGACCAACAUUCGUUUUCUGCAUCUUUGUUGAACCCAUGGAAAAUUCAACUUAAGUUAUUCACAUGACCUAGUGAAAAAAAAUAAACUUCAGCAUUAUUUAUGUUUUUAACAUUAUACCUUUUCAUAAGAGAAGCAUCACAGCAUCCAAUCCACAAAUUGUAAUUGCAAUAUAACUGAAAGUAAAAUCUCCCUCCACUAAGGGGUCCAUGCAAGAUCCCUCCUGAUGAGGUACAAAUGAUCUGCAUGGUGAGGAAUGAGCUCAGAAUUAAACAGGGGAACUGAUCAGUCACCUGAAGAGAGCUGGGAGCACAGUAACCAAGGUUACUAUAGUAACAAGUAACAUGGCAUCGUGAAUUGUAAUACUGAAACGCUCCGAAGAUCCCCCUGCUCAAGCCAGCACAUGUCCCGGGAAAGUUUACCACAAAACCAUCUGGAUGAUCCAGAAUAGGAUUGGGAGAAUGUCAUGUGGUCAGAUGAAAUGAAAAUGGAUCUGUUUGUGAUAAACAACCGGGAAAUAAAAAAUAAAAAAAGUGCCACAUAAGAAUUCCAAGGUUCUGGAGUGACCCAUUCAGUUUUUGGACCUCCAUUCAACAGAGGAUCAGUGGAAGGUGUGAAAGUCCAUUGCAACUAUGUUGUAUGCAAACAUUUUGUUUGACCAGUGUCACUGUCAACCAGGGUUAUGGUGAACUUUAGUUUUAGAUCAAAUAUUUCUUUUCUGCUCCGUUGUACAAAAAAUUUAAAACAAAUAAAAUCCUAAAAUGC